AUGUCAUCAUUUUUGUGUUUUUUAUGCCACAGUACUGUUAAUGAUGAGACCAAUGAAGAAACACGCGAGAAAUAUAAGGAAGUCGUCGGUAUUCAUUUGUGCCCUGACUCUCACCUGUGCUAUAUAUGUUGCCAUGUCCUACAUAAACUCUUCAUGUUUCGUUCAAUUUGUUUGAAGCGUAGCUUGGAGUAUCCUGUAUUAUUUAGUGAAAAGGGUACAAUCAAUUUACACAGAAGUGAUAUAGAAAUAAACAUAUUAUGUCCAGAAGAAUGUGACCAAUACCAAGAAAAACAAUAUCAUUAUGACUAUAAUAAUGAUUUCAACACACACUUUAAUGAUAAUAGAUUUAAUGAUAACCAGUAUGUUGAGUUAGAAGAUGAAUAUGACUAUUUUAAUAAAAAUCAAUAUGAUGUUGAAAAGGUUACCGAAAACUAUGACUAUAUUAAUGAAAAACCAGAUGAGAUGCUAAAUGAUGAACAUUUUCAUAAUUUCAAUCAAAAUUUUGAUUAUUUUAAAUAUAAUGAAGAAAUACCACAGAUAAAUACUCUACAUGUAAAUAAAAAUAAUGAAAACAUUGGCUUUAAUUAUAAUGACAAUAGGACUAAUGAUUAUUCAAAUGUUUUUAGUCAAAAUACCUUUGAUAUUCCAUUAGAUGAUUAUGAAAAUCAAAUAAAACAUAAUAUUAUAAAUCAAACUUAUGUAGAAAAGGUAAAUAAUGUCAAUACAGAAGAAAAUAAUGAUUUAGAAACAAAUUAUUCACAAAAUGCCCAUAUAACUAAUAAAGUUGUUGAGGCGGAUAAAGAGAAAAUUUUGGACAAUGUAAACGAAAUUGAUCAUAUUAUAGAACAAGAUAAUGAUUUUAAUGAUAAUGAAGAAACUAAUCAAAUAUCAACCGAUGAUGAAACUCAGAGCAACAUAUUAAAUACUUCUGAUGAUACAAAAAUAGAGGAAAGUGGCGAAGUUGAGAGUUUACAGGAAAUAAAUAUUAAAAAGAAAAAGAAGAGAGGUUUUAAAAAGAUUGUUUUGUCUUUAGAAGAACAAAAGAAGGAAUUAGAAAAAAAUAGAAAAUGUAAGAAGUACACAGAAGCUGAGUUUAAAUGUUAUAAUUGUGCAAUCGGCUUCUUGUUUAAGGACACAUACCAGGCUCAUAUGAUGAGGCAUGAGGAGUCAAAUGGCGAAUUUCGUUGUCUCACAUGCACGCUACGAUUUUCAACUCAUGCGCUACUACGGACACACAAUACAUCCCAUUCGGACAUAUAUGAAUGUCUGAAUUGCGGCCAAGUGCUAAAGCCGAGGGCAAAACGGACACACCCAUGCUUCAAAACGAAAUGCGAAGAAAAUGUUUCGUGUCAUUUGUGUGGAAAUCUUUUUAGAGAUGCAAACGGGUUACAGCAGCAUUUGAGGCGAGUUCACGCAAAGGCAUCGAACCGACUACACUCAUGUACGAUAUGCAAUGAGAAUUUCACUAAUCCGUCAGUCUUGAAGACACAUAUGAUAAAACAUAUAAACCGAAAAUUUCAAUGUGAGCAGUGUCCGGCGGUUUACAAGAGCCCGUACACUCUUGCGCAGCACAAGAGGAAACACGAGGUGUUCGGUGAGAAGCACUGCUGUACACUUUGCGAUGUGGUUUUUGAUAGUCGGAAGAGUUUGUUAGCGCAUUUUAGACGGACGGCCGCUCAUCAGAAUAAUGUCCUAGAGUGUCCCAUAUGUGGCAGAGUUUGCGCAACACAACCAGCGUUAGAGGCGCACGCGCAGACGCACGCAUCCGCCCAAUACACGUGCACGCAUUGCACUAAUUCAUACAGUACUAGGAAGUCGUUGAUACGACAUUUGCGAAGGCACACAGGCCGGGAUCUGAUAGCUCCCGCAGUCUGCCAUUUGUGUGGAAAUAGUUUUAAGGGCAAGAACAAAUUAAACAGACAUUUAAAACAAGUUUGCGAGAAGGCAAAAUUGGAAGAACAAUUAGCUUCUUUAUACGAAUAA